AUGGUCCUUGUAAACGUUGUCGUCGCUUGGGAAAAGAAUGUGGAAUUCAAUUACCCGGAGCCCAUCGUCGUGGAAAGAAAUCAACCCCCAGUGACUCCUAGAGAUGUUGCUGCACUGGAGGAAAAACUAGACCGCAUGGUCGCCCUGCUGGCCGCCUCGGAACAAAAUGUCAGAGAACGAUUAGAAAGUGGCCAAGCAACGAGAUCAUCAUCUACGUUUGAACAGAACACCGCUACCCCUGAUGAAGCCGAAGGCCAGCUGUUGAUGGAAGUCUUCUUCCAGAAAAUGUUCCCUCUCUUUCCUUUCCUCAUGAUCUCCCCGCAAGUCACUGCAGAGGAGCUACGCCGAGAGAAACCAUUCCUCUACCUGAAUAUCUCAAUGGUCGCGUGCCAAAAUGCCCCACGCCAGCGAGAAAUUGCGGAUGCAGUCCAAGAAUAUAUCGCCGAGCACAUCGUCAUAAAAGGAGAGCAUGGCCUGGAUCUGCUCCAGGGCCUUCUUAUCAAUGUGGCUUGGUUCAUUUCAGUCAGUCGUUUUCCGCGACCUGCUGAUCAACCCCCCAAAGGGCCUAAACCUGAAGAGCCUCAACAUUUGGUUCGAAGCACUGCCCAGCUUGAUACAAAUGUACACUUGCUCGUGGCGCAAUCCUUCAGCUUAGGCUUAAAUCAAGAGAUGGCUUACCAGAAAAGCUUGAACUACCCUUUGACCUAUUUGAAGGAUACUACGAAUGAGGACCGUCAUAAUCCGGUUCGCACACUGGAAGAGAGACGCACCUACCUUGGGUGUUACUAUCUAACUACCAUGCUCUCGACAUGUGUGAAAGACUUGGGCCCGAUUAUUCGAUUUACAAAAUACACAGACGAAUGCUGCAAUGUCCUAGAUCAGAUCGCAGAAUAUCCUACCGAUAACUUUCUGGUACAGCUAGUCCGAUUGAUGAACGUUGCAGAAAGGAUUCACUACACACUGUACAACACCGAGCUCCAUCCUUCAUCAGUCUCAUCAGCGCCUCCGCCUCUUGGACUAAGCGUGCGAUGGCUUGAGGCCGAGCUUAAGCAACUUAAAGCUCGCAUACCGAGCGAGUCACCCAACUCUGCCAUUUUACAGAUUCAUUACAACACACUGGAGAUGCAUCUUUAUCGAAUUUCCCUCAGUAACGAGAUCCCCAAGACCAACUACGGCGAUCAUCCUCUCAUGCAAUUGGAUCUACUUUUCCGCUGCCUGGAAGCGACAACUUCCUUUUUCCAAAACAUCCUCUCCCUCCCAUCCGCCCUUUACCCUUUCUUCCCGUUCAGCAUGAUGUGUCAAUUUGGAAAGGCAAUCGUCACUCUGUCCCAGCUUUCUCUCUAUGAUCACCCCGGAUGGGAUCGAGCAUACGUCGAAAGCAUAAUAGACUUCGACCAGACCCUCGAUAGUAUAGCUCGCAAGCUCGAAGAAGAACGUCCAGUCUUCGAACAGGCCAUUGCAAAAGAUUCAAAGUCUAUUGAGUCGCCGGAGAUAUUUGGAAGGAUGAGAAAUCGCGCGCAAAUGAUCAAAAAUAUGCAUCGGCAGAGAAAAGAGGCACUGGAACGGAAAUCCCUGCUCACCACUGUUGCCCCGAUGGACUACGAUUUCAUGAUGGAUUGUCCCCUCGAUGUGCUGUUUCCUUUUGGUGAAAUUCCACCGAUAUAUGGACAAUAUAUGUAG